GAUGCAGGUGAAGGCUACCAAGUAUGCUAUCGCGCUCGAAUGACGCUUGGCUGGGCGCACGGGACAACCGAGGCAAGCGCAGCCGGGGGCGCACGCGCCCUCCGUCAUCGAUCGAGUGUCGCAAGGCCCGCGAAAGGCGCACGGCUGCUCAGUACAUACACUGCGAUCGCGUAAUUUCAGUAUAAGAGACCCAGCGAUGUCAACGUGAAUUGAGCUUCAUAGAGCACGCGAUCGUAAACAUGCUCCGCGGGCCUAGCUUGCCCUGCCCUCUUUAGCGUAAGGUACUUCCGCCCCACCAGACACUGCGCCCUAUGUCAGUCGAGGCCAUCUUUAGUAUGGCCGACUGGACGAAAGGAUAAAACAGCACGUCUACCUACCAGAGCUGCAAACAUUGCUUUUUCAUCACCUCCCCAAACCACAGAAUUCGCCAUGGUCAAGAUUACAGAGUUUGCCGUCGAGGCCUGGAUGGACGCCAAUGAGCAUCACUGCAAGUACAACCUUGCAGAAACAUGCUGCGCCUCCAUCUCGAUCGACCAACUCCGCGACUUGUCUGAGAACAAGACGGCGGAGGUGCUAAAGACAGACCGAGUGCUCACUUAUGGUGCCAUCAGAGGUGCAGAAGAUUUGAGGAACAACUUGGCUCGACUGUACUCAGCCAAGGUCACGACACCCCUCAGCGCGGACAACAUCCUCACUACCCCCGGUGCUAUCCAGGCAAACUACCUCACUGCAUACUCUUUGGUGGGUGAAGGCGAUCAUGUUAUUUGCCAGUAUCCCACCUAUCAGUCCUUGUAUGAUGUUCCCAAAUCGCUAGGCGCAGAAGUCGAUCUGUGGAAGGGCAAGCCAGAGAACAAAUGGGUGCCGGAUCUGGAAGAACUAAAGGCACUCAUCAAGCCCAACACGAAGGUCAUCGUCGUCAACAAUCCCAAUAACCCCACCGGAGCAGUCUUGGGCAAGACCUUCCUCGAACAACUCAUCGAGAUUGCUAAGGAGAAGAACAUCACAAUCCACAGCGAUGAAGUCUACCGACCUAUCUUCCACUCAAUCAUUCCAAUUGACAAGGAGUUCCCUCCGUCACUGCUGUCCAUGGGCUACAGCAACGUCGUCGUCACCGGCUCCAUGUCCAAAGCAUACUCUCUGGCUGGUAUCCGCGUGGGGUGGAUUGCGUCUCGCAAUACCGAAAUCAUUGAGACGAUUGCCUCAGCCCGUCACUACACGACUAUCUCUGUCUCGGGUCUGGAUGAACAAGUCGCAGCAUACGCGCUCAGCCCGGGAACCGUCCACGGUCUGCUAGCCCGCAACAUCCAGCUCGCAAAGACGAACCUCGCGCUUCUUGACCGAUUCGUGAUCAAGAACGAAGACGAGUGCGAGUGGGUGAAGCCCGUAGCAGGCACAACGGCCUUCCUCAAGUUCCACAGAGAAGGCAAGCCCGUAGACUCCGUGGACUUCUGCAAGAAGCUGCUCGAGAAGACCGGUGUCCUCUUCGUCCCCGGCUCGCAGAGCUUUGGCGAGGAAUUCAAGGGCUACGUGCGAAUCGGCUUCGUGAACGACACAGAAACUGUGCAAAAGGGGCUCGACGAGGUGACCAAGUUCGUCAGGAAGAACCUCGACGAAGUAGACCUAGCAGAGUAGCACGCCCAAGACAGCAAAAUGAAGUCUUGCACUGCCAUGUUGUUUCACUUCACCAAGACACCAAUGAGCGCAUGACGCUGUGGCCGCCUUAAGCCAAGCCUCGCGCCUUGAGAUCGGCAUGGCUGUGCAUGAGUAACCUCCGGUGGACGCCCUACCAGCCACAGGGCUGUGUCUGGCAGCAUCACAUAUAACAACAAAAUAAAUGCAUAU